AUGACUAGUGAUAGUAGAGAGGCAAGGUCUCAUCAGGGCCUUGAGGCCAGCUCUUCAGAUGAGGAGCUCCUCAGGGAUCACUACCAGGUGCUGAGGACCAUCAGACAUGGGGGAUUCGCCCUCAUCAAAUUAGCCAAGCACCUGCUCACGGACACCCUGGUGGCGGUGAAGGUCCUCAAUAAGAAGGAAAACCCCUUCUUUGCCACCGAAGUGGACGUUUUUAAGUCUUUAGACCACCCGAAUGUGGUAAAAUUACUUGAAAUUAUAGAAACCGAACAGUGGUUGUAUUUUGUGAUGGAGUACCUCGAGGGAGGAGACCUAGUAGAUUACCUCCAAGAGGCCGGCAGGAUGGAGGAGGAGGAGGCCAGGCCUCUGUUUAAACAAAUCCUCAGUGCAGUCAAAUACUGCCAUGACAACCGCAUUGCCCACCGCGAUAUCAAGUUACAAAAUAUCUUGCUAGACCAAAAGGGCAAAGCUAAAUUGUGUGACUUCGGGGUAAGUACACGGUUCACACUUGGGGAGGAGCUGGAUUACGAAUGUGGAACAGUGUCCUUUUGGCCCCCUGAGCUGUUCUUGCACCAGAAAUACCAAGGUCCCAAGAUGGACGUUUGGAGUCUAGGCAUAGUACUAUAUGGUAUAGUGAUGGGCAAGUUGCCUUUUAGAAGGGAGAGCUCAGCUAAUUUGAAAAGACAAGUAUUGAAUGGCCCAUUCCCAAUUCGAAAAACCUUCUCCCAAGAACUGAGAGGCCUCUUCGCUUUUCUAUUAACGGCGAAUCCUGAGCAGAGGCCCUCGUUGGGGCAAGUAAUGAAGCACCCCUGGUUCAGAAAAACCAAGCCAUUUGCACCAACUCCCAGCCAGACUGUCUCGAAGGAACCAGACCCUGCCAUCUUAGACAUCAUGUAUGACUUGGGAUAUGACUCAUCUGAGGUGCGAGCAGCCCUGUCAGGCAGGACAUACAACGGUGCCCGGGCAACAUAUUUCCUGCUGCUGGAGCAGAAGGACCAAGGGCAAGACCUCACCCGCUAUAUGAGGCACUCGGUUUCUGGGCCUCCACAAUGCCCUGUGCGUGUGUACUCAUCCUCCUCCGAUACCCCCAAAACAACCUGUCGUCCUGCUUCUCACACUACCACCUGCCUGCCCGCUGAGCAGCAGAAGCAGGAGGGAGGCCAUCUCUAUGUGUUUUCCCCGCCACCUCUGCAACCCCUGUAUAAGGAGAGACUGGGGACAAGCAGCCACUUCCUGCUCCAGCAGCAGCAGGAAACUCCUGGGACAGCGAAGGGGAGAUAG